AAUGGGCUCAUGAUGGCCUGCUUCAAGGGCUUUGUGGACAUUGUGACCCUGCUGAGCAAAUGCCCCUACGUAGACAUUAAUCACCAGGAUAACGACGGGAACACAGCCCUCAUGAUCGCUGCCCAAGCAGGACACGUCACGAUAGUUAACUAUCUCCUGAACUACUACCCCAUGCUGGAGAUUGAGAAGAGGGACGUGCGGGGCCUGACAGCGCUCAUGAAGGCAGCAGUGCAGGGGCGGAAGGAGUGCGUCACCACACUGCUCCUGGCAGGAGCUGAUCUGACAGCGGUGGAUCCUGUCCGAGGGAAGACAGCCCGGGAGUGGGCAGGUCUGACUGGGCGCUUUGAGACCAUUGUGCAGAUGCGCAGCAUCCUGCAGCGGCCCCGAGCCGAGCAGUUCAGUGACCAGUACCGGCCCGAGUGGCCGGCGCUGCCCGAGUUGGUGACCAAGGCACUGGCCACUAAAUCCAGGUGCGAGAGGCUGUUGGAAAAGAUCUGCUCCACCUUCAGCAUCAACCUCCCGCAUGACCCCGAGGCGGACGGGGUGAUGGACCACAUGGUCCGGAUGACCACAUGCCUGGCCAGCCCCUUUGUGGCUAUGGCCUGCCAAACCAUCUGUCCCGGGAGCCCCCCCGAGGUGGGCAAACAGAGGCUGUCAGUGCCAGAGAUUCUCAAGGAGUACACGCCGGAUCCUGAUGCCAAGUCCCAGCCCAACUCAUCCUCCUGCAACGGCCAGGCUGUGUCAGAAACCCGCAUCCUGGUCCCGUACCGGAGACCCUCUGGCAUGCUGAGAUUCCUCCCACUGCGGCUACUGCACAGGAACAGCGUCUUCCCCGGGGGCCACAUCCCCACAAUCAAACUAGUCAAGGCCCCCUUCCCCGCAGCCUACCAGGAGAAGCCACCACAGUCAUGGAAAAACAAGAACAUGCUGGAGCUGCCCAAGUGGAAGUACAAGGAGCUGAAGGAGGAGAAGAAGAAGGCGGCUGAGGCAGAGGAGAAGCAGAAGGAGACGACGACAAUAACAAAGACGAGCAAAGGGAAGAAGUCAUAG